CAACACAGCUGGAGAGAGAGUUGAAGAUCAACCUCCGGAUCUCAGAUUGCCGAGGAGGGGCAGACUGAUAAGAUCCGAGAAGCGCAAUGGCGGGGGUGGAAAGGGUUAGGGAUGAUUGCCACGUGUUGUGGCUGCCCACCCGAGAUUACUCAGUCACGUGCAAGCAACUGCAAUGUGGGCAAUUGCAGGCGUGCACAGACCAACCGCUCUCGCCUAUUUAUCUGCGCCCCGGCUCCCACAUCUUCAUCCUCUUCUCUUCUUUUCUUCUUCAUACUUACCUUGAUUGGGUACACCUGGAUCAUGAAGCAGGGGUACCAGAGCGAUAGGCCUGCAUUGCACAUCGUGGAGCCCGUCGUUCUAAAUUGUCCUUCGGGGCCGUUUCGGUCGGAAUUUUUGAUGUCUUCCUCUCUUUUUCACUAUGAGCUCGGCGAUGCGUCGGGCCAUGGAGAAGAAGGGUUGCUGCGCGUUCGAUGUGCAGUCCAGUACCUCUACGAAUAUUUGUGUGUUCGUAACGAGAUACCAGGUGUGUACCUCGGUGCUGCCCCUGGCCAGAAUCAACGAAGAUACUCUGAAAUCUCGUCCUGCUUGUUGCUGGGCGAAGUGGGAUUGUCUGGCUUCCAUGUGGCCGGUCGGGUAGUUCCGACCCCUGGUGCGCUUGUGUACGUCCGGAUACCUGCGGGCCAAAUCACGCAAAGUUGCGCGACUGCAGGGGCUCAGUCGCCGUAUGCAUCCAACAACGGCCGCUUGGGAGAUGUGAGCUUCAACCGUGGGGCACCGCCGCCAGAUUUGCCCGUGCCGACCCCGCCAGCCAUCAGAUGUCAGUGAUUGAUUCAUCAGCAUUCAGUUCCCAUCUUGUGCUCGGCCGUGGAUCGUCGCCGAUAACUCCGCCCCGAUCGUUGGACGGAUGCAUGGCAUUUCGGUGAGCUUGGUAGUCUCCACUCGCACGGAAAGAUGCCUCGAAACGAUCCAACCGUUUGAGUUGAUGCUCAACCAUCACCGAGGUUUACUCCGCUUGUCAAGAGGCAGUGACCUCCCCAGUACCUAGGUUGAGAGGCGAAAGAGAGGCUCGCUCGCUCGCUCGGAUCACGCAAGAUGCUGCAGAAUCAGCCUGGCGCACGGUGACCCUUCCACGUCAUGUAUUCAGUAUCUUCCGUGAAGCCGCCCUCUUCAGCGGGGUUUUGCAAACAUCAUUCACUGCAGCACCAAGCCUUUUUAUAACCAAAUCUGC